GUGAGAUUAUCAUGCUAUCGCACAAUAUUCACCGUUUUGUGGUGAGAAAUUUCGUCGCCAUUGAUUGUGGUAGAACUGUUUCGCUGUGCUAUGUCUGGGUUUUGGUUUGACUACCCUUUUCCAAUACAGAAUUUUUUUCCAUAUAAAGAUCUUCAAAAUAUCCUCGAAACGUUCGCUCGUGUUUAACUUCGUAACGUUAUGUUAUUUCGCAUUGCUUUUACAGAUAUGUUGGGAGGCCUUGCCUUCUAUCCAUCAUUGGGUUAUAAUCUUCUACGGAAUUACAUACAACCUCAGAAAUGGUGCUGGUUCAACCGUGUAGAUGAAAAUCUUAUAGUAGGAGCUUUACCUUUCAAAUCAAUGCGGGACGAGCUUGUAAAUAAGGAGAAUGUCGGCGGUGUUGUAUGUUGUGUAGAAGACUAUGAACUGAAUCUAGCCUAUAAUGCAAUGACCAAAGAGGACUGGCAAGCUGCCGGCGUUGAUGUAUACGAUAUCCCGAUGCGGGACUUUUUUGGAUCUGCAGGUAGGGCUGAAAUCGAUUCUGCUGUUCACUUCAUGGAAGGUAUCGCAGCCAAAGGAAAAUCUGUCUAUGUGCAUUGUAAAGCAGGGCGCACGAGAAGCGCGACGGUUGCAGUCUGUUAUCUUAUUAAGAAGCAUAACUGGCUACCAAAUGUAGCAAUGGAGUUUUUGAAAUCUAAGCGGCCACAGACCAUCCUACGAAAUGCUCAUUGGCGCACUGCUAACGAAUAUCGCCAACUAUUGGAUUCCUUUUCUCGCAUUCUAACCUCGAAAUAG